AUGAAUAAAACAAUUUUCAAUAUAAUAAAUGAUUGUGAUGAAAAUAUUCAUUUUAGUGAUAAUUUAUUAAGUGAUUCUUAUAAUAAAUUAAAUAAUCAAUUAAAUCUAAUUAUGAAAAAUAAUGAUGAAAUGAUAUAUAAAGAAUUUGUACGUAUAAAUAACAAAACAGAUAUAGCAUCAGUUAGUCAACUACUUCAUGGAUUUCCUCUUCCGACAAAUAUUAAUAAUCAUUUAACAUCUAUUCAAAAUGAUAUCGAAUAUAUUCACAACAGAUCGAAAGAAAUUAUUUUACAUAAUUCAAAAUUAUUAUCAAAUUUCUUUGAUAAGUUCGAAAUUUUUCUUAAAAAAUUAAUUCAUUCAACAAUAGAUUCUUGUCCAUUACCAUUGAAUAUUAUUCAUACAGUAGAUGAAUGUAUUUGUCAUAAAACAGCUAAAUUACUAAAUGGUUUAUGGUUUUCAUUAUUUUCAUUUAUAUUUACUAUUAUAAUUGCUGUUUAUAUUUUUGGAAUAUAUAUUUACAAGCAACGUGAUUAA